UUUCGUACUUAUCAUUUCCCGCUGCAUCGUGCCGCCGCUUCCCACUUGUCGCCGGCUAAGCAGCCUUAAAAAAAAAAACAUAUAAAGAAAUUGCACACAAACAAAUAAUAAUGACUAAUAAAAUGUAAAUUGUGAUUAUUUGCUGCAAUAAAGAAAGAUGUUUAAGGCUGAAUAUGUAUUUAAGUUUCUAUUAUGUGGUGUUACACAUCUGAUCGUCCAUAUGAUCAGAUCGACGUGGUUCAACGUACGUGUUGGGUAGCAGUAUUCUAUCUGAAAUUCAAAUUGUUCAAGCCUCCAUACAGCGUUCAUCGUUUCACUUCGUUCCGCGUAAGUAUAAUUGUGCAGAAAGCUACGCGAGCUUCGAAUGAGAACGAGCACGGGUCCAGUUAGGGGUGUGCAAUGGUCCGGUCCGUAACGGACCACACUGGACCAAACCGUUGUUAAGACCGGACAGGACCAGACCGAGUAAAAUGCGGUCCGGUCCUUGGUCCUCAUGAAUUUUAUAAUUACUGAAGAAAUGGUGGACCGAGCUCAUAUUUGGACCGGACCGAACCGGACCAAAUGGACCAAAUGCAAGAAUGAUCCGGUCCUUGGUCCUAACAUGUCUUUCACUAAUGGACCGCGGUUCUCAUGAGUUUGGUCCGGUCCGGACCGAACCGAACUGUUGCACACCCCUAGGUCCAGCCCAGACGAAGUGAUCCGUCUGAAUUAUUGCUGUUGGGCUGGGCCGGGGCCUGCCAGGGACCAUGGUAUUUUUUUUUAGAGACCGAGAAGGAAAACGGAAGUCUCUUCCUGCAAGGACUUGGAAUUUAUUUAUUUAGUAUAUAAAUCAAUCGAACCGCUGCUCCCCCGCAACACUCAGCAAGCAAGCUAGGCUAGGCGCUAGCAAUCUUUCUUUCCUGAUUUUAUGCAUGUUAUAUUUGGUCAAGGCAUGGCUUGCGAUAUGGGCGUGGCGGAAACUGGAUCGUCACCUCCGCAACAAGUACGGGUUGGAUCUGGUCGAUCUGUUGAGGAAUUCUUUUGACGGAGCUGAGAGGAGCUUGAUUCCACUGUUGCAGGACUAUCCCAUCAUACUUCCCGCGCUGCUUGCGUUAGGGGCUUGGCAGGCCCUGGGCUUGAGCUCUUUCUUCUCUAUGCUUGUUUUUGUCUUCCUUUUACGUUCUUGAUCCAUUCUCGUCUUUGGUUUUUUUUCCUUCUUCUCCCAUUCCAGCUUAAGAGACAAGGUAACUGUGGUUGUUGAACAUUGAAAUAUUAUAAUAUAAUAAUAAUAUAUUUAAUGCAGUCGUUGCCUUUUGUUGGUUGUUGGUGCUAUCUAUGUAACAUAGGAAGAGCUUCUUUGAUGGUCGCACAAGGAAAGUUCACACAGGCUUGUUGAUUAAAAACUCGUACCGGUUGAACCACAAAAUAUCGUUUUCGGACUCAAAUUCGAAACCGUACUAGCAUCCGUGAUAAAAACGUCUACGUCAACCCUGUCAGCUUCAUUAUACUAAAAUCCUGAUCCUUCAUUUUUAUUAGGUUUAAGAAAUAGUAAUACCCUAAUCAUCAUUAACCACCUAUUAACCACUAACUUUCUAUUAACUACUUAAAUUACUCUUAAGCCAAUAGAAAUUACUUAAACAUACUCCUAAAUUUGUAGCAGCGGCUCCAAUUGUCAUAUUUUACGAGUUUCUCGAUCUACUAGGAAUCAAACUCGAUAUUCUAUCUAGCCGAUCUUGGUUUACAAUUAACUCUACUAUUGCACUACUUAAAACGUAACUUAAACUACCCAAUAAGGCAAUCAAAGUAAAUGAGGGGUUUCUAGAGUGGGAAGGCUCGCUUGGCCCAAGAAUCCCUAUAAUUAGCUACUAGUCACGGGCCCGGCCAAUCUCUGCGCGUGUGGCCAUGGACGCUCUGAAGUCCCGUCUCGGUUUGAUUUUAUGCAUGUUAUAUUUGGUCAAGGCAUGGCUUGCGAUAUGGGCGUGGCGGAAACUGGAUCGUCACCUCCGCAACAAGUACGGGUUGGGUUUGGUCGAUCUGUUGAGGAAUUCUUUUGACGGAUCUGAGAGGAGCUUGAUUCCGCUGUUGCAGGACUAUCCCAUCAUACUUCCCGCGCUGCUUGCGUUAUGGGCUUGGCAGGCCCUGGGCUUGAGCUCUUUCUUCUCUAUGCUUGUUUUUGUCUUCCUUUUACGUUCUUGAUCCAUUCUCGUCUUUGGUUUUUUUUUCUUCUUCUCCCAUUCCAGCUUAAGAGACAAGGUAACUGUGGUUGUUGAACAUUGAAAUAUUAUAAUAUAAUAAUAAUAUAUUUAAUGCAGUCGUUGCCUUUUGUUGGUUGUUGGUGCUAUCUAUGUAGCAUAGGAAGAGCUUCUUUGAUGGUCGCACAAUGAAAGUUCACACAGGCUUGUUGAUUAAAAACUCGUACCGGUUGAACCACAAAAUAUCGUUUUCGGGCUCAAAUUCGAAACCGUACAAGCAGCCGUGAUAAAAACGUCUACGUCAACCCUGUCAGCUUCAUUAUACUAAAAUCCUUAUCCUUAAUUUUUAUUAUGUUUAAGAAAUAGUAAUACCCUAAUCAUCAUUAACCACCUAUUAACCACUAACUUUCUAUUAACUACUUAAAUUACUCUUAAGCCAAUAGAAAUUACUUAAACAUACUCCUAAAUUUGUAGCAGUGGCUCCAAUUGUCAUAUUUUACGAGUUUCUAGAUCUACUAGGAAUCAAACUCGAUAUUCUAUCUAGCCGAUCUUGGUUUACAAUUAACUCUACUAUUGCACUACUUAAAACUCAACUUAAACUAGCCAAUAAGGCAAUCAAAGUAAAUGAGGGGUUUCUAGAGUGGGAAGGCUCGCUUGGCCCAAGAAUCCCUAUAAUUAGCUACUAGUCACGGGCCCGGCCAAUCUCUGCGCGUGUGGCCAUGUACGCUCUGAAGUCCCGUCUCGAUUUGAUUUUAUGCAUGUUAUAUUUGGUCAAGGCAUGGCUUGCGAUAUGGGCGUGGCGGAAACUGGAUCGUCACCUCUGCAACAAGUACGGGUUGGGUUUGGUCGAUCUGUUGAGGAAUUCUUUUGACGGAGCUGACAGGAGCUUUAUUCCGCUGUUGCAGGAGUAUCCCAUCAUACUUCCCGCGUUGCUUGCGUUAUGGGCUUCGCAGGCCCUGGGCUUGAGCUCUUUCUUCUGUAUGCUUGUUUUUGUCUUCCUUUUACGUUCUUGAUCCAUUCUCGUCUUUGGUUUUUUUUUCUUCCUCCCAUUCCAGCUUAAGAGACAAGGCAACUGUGGUUGUUGGACAUUGAAAUAUUAUAAUAUAAUAAUAAUAAUAUAUUUAAUGAAGUUGUUGCCUUUUGUUGGUUGUUGGUGCUAUCUAUGUAACAUAGAAAGAGCUUCUUUGAUGGUCGCACAAGGAAAGUUCAUACAUAGGCUUAUUGAUUAAAAACUCAGUACCGGUUGAACCACAAAAUAUUGUUUUCGGACUCAAAUUCGAAACCGUACAAGCAGCCGUGAUAAAAACGUCUACGUCAAACCUGUCAGCUUCAUCUACACUACUUAUAAUCAACAGUAUAAUUUAUAGCUGAAAAGUAAAACUGCACUCCUCAUUCAAAAUUUCCUGCCCAUAGAGUGAUUUUAGGAAGCUGAUGUGGCAGAGUGUUAAGCGAAAAAAAAAGAGUCCCGCCUGAUUUCAGAACCAAAAAACUGUCCACUACCCACCUUUUCUCCUUCCAGGCCCACGUUCUCAUUUAAUUUGUAUUUAUUUGCAAAACAACAAAAUCCAGAGGCAAAGCUCCUUCCUCUUCCCCUUCGCAUCAGUUCCUUUGUUUUUUUCGUCGGCAAAGGAAACUCGGGUAUCAGGCGACGAAAGGGGAAGAUCUAGGUUUCUGAGUUGCGACGGCCAGAGGUGGGGAUUCCAAUUUUGGUUCGUCGGUGAGCAAAUUCAAAAUCUCUUUUGUGUGACCUCGCCUAUUGGGGCCUUCUCUACUCGGAUUUUCCAGUUCCCGUUCUGGAUUGCUCCCUGUUGAUGGAUAUAGUCGACGACGCUAUUCUCCAAGACUGAGUGAAUGGCAACCGAGCAACAGCAAAAGGGGAACCAGCUAGAGGGCCACGCGCUCGAUUUUGAUGUCGAAUAGUUCGCAAUUCUGGUUGGAGAGGAACAAAGGACAAAGGAGGCUCGCUAACCAGUCACAACUUCAUCUGUUGUCGGGAUGUUCAGAUCCGGUGCUAUGAACUGUGGGCAUGUCAUUCGCUCACCUUCAGUCGAUUUUAUCUAACCUUUUUCUUUUGCAGGCUUUAUUUGUUGUUGAUUUCCAUCGUGGUUCAUUUUUCUAUUCUUUUAUGUUCAGUUUCUUAUUGUUCCUUUUUUGUUGUGUUUCAUUUUUUGUUUUGUUCUUUGUAUUCUAUUCUCCAUGUUUGAAUUACAGGCAUGUCGCACUAAUGUUACCCUUUGGAAAUCCCACAUUCGAUGUUCUCCUACUAUUCUCUCCGCCCCUGUUUUCGGGAGACCGGGUUGCCCCUCUUCGUCCCAGGAUCCCACCAUCCCUAUUUUCGCUUUUGAGUUUUCUAAUCAAGCUUUCGGCUUUAGCCAUCGUCGGAUUUGCUGGUGCCACUUGCACUGUCUCCCUCCGUCGUGGCGUGCAAGUUGGUACUUUGCUCUUUCCUUCAGCUUUCGAUUUGGAAGGUGUCAUGACUGGCGCAGACUGUGACAUUAGCAGUGGUGGGAUAAGCCUUACCAUGCUUUACAUAUUCUCAUGAGAUGUGCUUUUUUAGUUUGUAUUGGUGAGUGGCAGCAGGAUAAGUUGUCUCACAAAAUAAACAUGUGUUUCCUUUUGGUGUUCUUUUUAAAUGAGAAUGCCCAAAGUUUCCUGCUUCGGUUUUGGGAUACCAUGGGUUGGCUCACUCUCUGUGAGAUACCUUCAUUUUUAUUGUUCAUGACAAAAACUUAGGAUUUGCUAGAAAUGAUAAGGGUUUAGCAUUAGUAUUCAUAAGACAAUUAGUGAAAAAUUAGAAUCUACAAUAUUUAGUUUAAAGUUUUGUGUUCUCAUUUGAAAUUCAGCCUGUUGUUCUCGGAGUUGAUAGGCCUAAGUUAUGUCUCAAACAUAGAUCUGAUGCAUUCAUCUUAUCAUAUCAUUAUGUAGAGUAUUCUGUUCCACAGCUGAUUUCUCCUCCGGGCCUUUUUUGUUUGUUAUGUUCUUGGAAACUAAUAAAUUUCUAGGGAAAUUAAAAGCUGGCCACCAACAAAGGAUGAAUGCCUUUUGUAGAUUCUGUCAUGGUGUUUUAUUUUGCUGUGUCUAUUCUUGAUUUGAAGUUUCUCAUAGCCUCCCUACAUAAGUUUAGGUAAGGAAAAAUAGUACUCAAUUAGCUAUAUAGGUACUUUUAUUAUUAUAAUAGAAUUAGACAGUGUUGGGGAUAUGAGUUUUGGUAAAGUUGUUAAGUUAUUAUUAUCUCUACAUCUUUGUAGUUUUGCCAAACUUUGUGGCGUUCAAAAGUUGAGUUAUGUGGUUUAGUAUUGUCACUGCAUUGUAUAUGUGUUUCCUGAAUCUCCAUGGCUUAAUGAGCUACAUAUAUUUCGUGUUUUUUAAUGGAUAGGGUGGUUGUGUGGAUGUAUCAAUAAGCUUUGCUCGAUACUAAAAAUAUUAAUGCCUCAAGCUCCCAUAAUAUUAGUAGUGAACAUGAAGUUGGUGACCUUGAUGCUGCCAAAUGCACCAAAAUUGAUCAAGCGAACCAUGAUAUUAUAUUGCAACACCUUUAGUCGAGUCACUAAAGAGGAAGGUCCAUGUGAAUUCAGAAAGUGAUGCACAGAUGAUCGAGUUUUUGAAUGUUUAUUCUCAUGAAUGUUCAAUUAGGUUUAUCGAUGACUUUAUACGCAUUAUAGCUGAGUGGAUCGUGUGUUUCUCUAUACCUACACGUUUUAUUUUGCUAAGUCACUUUGCAUGAAUACUUCACCAAGUUUGUGACUCCAUUUCUUUUUAUGCAUGGAGCAUCAUGCAAAUCAUCAUGUCUUCUAACAAUAACUAUAUAUAUACACUAUCUCUUCCCGUCUUUUAUCUAUGGCUCUAUCUUCUAAUCAAGUUGCAACACUACUACAUUACGCUACAUAUUUCCUAGCUCCUAGAAUCAGUGGCGGAUUCAGAAAAUUUUCACAGGGGUGUCCUCUUCAAAAAUUAAAUUUAAUUAUAUAAUAAAUUAAAUAAUUCGUAUAUUAAAAAUAUCAUACUUGUAUAAUUUUUAUAAAAUUUUUAUUAAAUAAUAAAAUAAAAUUCAUAUUUUGAAAAAAAUAAUAUAAAUAAACUUCGUGUCUGCACUGUUCAAAAAAUCUACAUAUCCUACUAGACAAUACUUCACGAACUUAUCACAUAUUCGAUUUCUAACAUUGUUCUUAAUGUAGCUCAAAGUAGAAAAGACUCUUUCAACAAUUUCCAUGUAACCAUAAAAUCAAUUCAAAAUUAAGGGUAGCGUGUACGUAGUUUAAUUAUUAGGUAUUGAAAAUAGUUGGGGAUAAAGAAAUAGCGUUUUACUGUUGCAUGAUGUUUAAAAUAGAAUAACAAAUGAGUAGCAACAUAAUUGGAAUAUGUUUGAUAAUAGUAGUGUCCUAGGUUGGAAUAACACAGACUACCACUUAUAUUUUAUUAAUCAUAAGCAAACUAUUAUCGAGGGUAGGAUAAUCAUUUUUUCAAAUGUUAGGGUGCCCGGAUUACCAAUUAUAUUUUGUAUACACAUACGAAAUUACUACCGGAGGUUGGAUAAUCGUUUCCCCAAAUUUUAGGGGUGUCCCGGGACACCCCUAGAGGCCAUGUAUCCGCCCCUGCCUAGAAUGCUUAACUUACAUAGCAAUGUUAGUUGUAUAUGAUGAUGUACUGUGGGAUCCCUUAUUAUUUCAGGUAUAGUUGGAUGGACUUAAAUUAUUUUUACACUUGACUAUUUUCAAAUUUAGGAUGGUAGAGUUUUGCACCAGUUUCUCAAAUUUGCCAUGAGUGAAUGUCUAACCAGUGGUUCUGAUUAAAUUGUUGUAGGGGGAUUUGUGUACUUUAGUAGGAACUCUACCUAAAAUUUGCAAUAGGUAAUGGGUUUAGUAAAAUGUUGGGUGAUAAGGAUAACAAUGAUUGUCAGAAAGGCUACGGAUUGAUACAUUAGUCGUCUACCACUGUUGGCCUAAAUUUUUCGUAGAGGACCCUUCCUCCGCUCCCUUCAUCUCUAUCGUCGUUCUCCGUCCUCUCCUUUCAUUGGGAAGCCAGGAUCAAACGGUUGUUUUGCAUGUCAGUGGUUGGACGACGUCCAAGUGGAUGUCAGUGGGCAAAUUCAGUGUCGAAUAGGGAUUGUGUCGGAGGUAGCUAGAUCCACCCAUAUCCUCCUGCUCGCCAUGUCUGAGAUUCGACGUCGGCGGCUGUAAUGUUCUAACGAAGAAAUUGGGGUGUUAAAGUGCUUCCUCUAGAAAUGCCACUAUCAACUUCUCUCUGUCGAGGUAAUUUCAGCUACCAACCCAAGCUCGAUUCACGCCAGCAAACGAAAUCACCUUCUGCGUUAUGCGUAUAAAAGGCAAUUUAAAUCACACAGACCCACGAAAGCGUUUCAGCGAAAACUCCACUAGCAGCUUCUCUCUGUCAAGGUAAUUCUCAGCCAUCAACCAGCCAACUUUUGAUAUUUGUUUCUAUCGGUCUGCCAUUUCGCUUCUUUAUUUUAGCUAUAUGCUUCCCUCCUAUUAUGUUCGUGAAAGGUUUUUGAUUUGUGUCUGAUGGAGCACGAUUGGAAAUCUUAAGAUGAUCAAUUUUAUGCUUUUGUAGCAAUAAGUUAAUCCCUUGAAGAAAUUCUAAUUACUAUUUUAAUUUAAUGCAUAAUUGUUUUAGUUUUGUUUGUAUCUAAUAGUAAACCAAGUUAAUAAUACCAAUAUAAAGAAAUAAUUUUAAGCAAUUUAUGAUACAAUAAAUAGGGCAAAUUCUUUUAAUACGAAACAUGUAUAGGCCGUAGUGAGUUAGGAUAAUCUGAUUAACAAAAAUACAUAUGAACUAAUUGUUAUCAAUGUCAUAAUUAUCAAGUAGUGCAAAGAUCACUUUCGAUUAUUAUGAAGUAAUGAAAAAUAAGAUGAAAUCAUCCGACUAACGGGUCGGGUAAAAGCUAGUACAUUUUAAAGAGUUUGAUUUGCUCCAUUUCAAAUUUCCUGCAACGAGAGUGAAAGUAGGAAGGGUAUUUUCGUCAACACAAUCAAUUUUUUAUUUCAUAUAAAAAGAUAUUAAUGCUAGGAUUUGAACCAUGGUCUCUUCCACCAAAGACAAGAAUUGUAACCAAUUAGACUAGACACAUUUGUUGUACUUUAUUAAUACAAAACAUAGAGGAAGUUAAAAUUAUGAAAACAAAAUACUUUUCUAUCA